AAACCGGAACGGCUAAUCCGCCGCAUACAACAUGACGACGGACAGUCACUCCCAUUACCAUGUGCCUGUUCAUUGUCGUUAUGUGAACGUUAUCAACUCGGAAGUGGACCGCUGUCAAGGCAGCUACCUGAACUUCAAAGACUGAUCUACGUGAUACAAUAUUUAAAAAUCACCCAAAUUCCUAUUUGUAGUAGAACAAAGAAGUAAUACAUUUAAAGAUGAAGAUUGUCAUAUUGGGUGGCACUGGUCAGACGGGGCAGCACCUAGUAAACCAGGCACUGCAUCAAGGACACAGCGUCACAGCUGUGGUGAGGAACCCGGGCAAAAUGACAGUCACCCAUGAGAAUCUGAAGGUUGUGGAAGGAAGUAUCUUCUCAGAGGAAAGCCUAAAAGCACACUUCCAAGGCCAUGAUGCAGUGGUCUCCUGUCUCGGUUUCCCCACAUCAUUCUUCUCUGGAGUCACAGGCUACACCCAGUCAAUGCAGGCCACCCUUAACGCCAUGAGAGAGACCAAAAUCAAUCGUGUUGUCACCAUGACUUCCUGGUAUACUGCCCCUGGAUCUUCUAACACGGGUCCAUUUUUCAUCCGCAACGUGCUGAUUCCAAUGAUCCAGAGCGUGCUCACCAACAUGUAUGAGAUGGAGAGCAUUCUGAAGAAGAGUGAGGACAUCAACUGGACAGUUGUGCGACCUCCUGGGCUCAAGAAUGCACCUGAAACAGACAAAGAGAUUGUGGCCCAUGAAGGGUACUUUGUCCCUGAUGCCAAUGGACUCCCCACUUCACAGUCUGUUGCCAGGGGUGACGUCGCUCGCUUCAUGCUCUCUCUGCUGGGCACCAGUACUUGGCUGAAGAAGGCUGUCGCAAUCACCACCAUAUGAACUUCCAUCCAUGUUGAUGUUGCCCAGUGCCUCUCAGGGGUUGUUUACGAACCAGGCUGCAAACUUAAACCAAAUCAUUUGAACAUGGUGAUCUAAAAAGUAGUAAGUAAACCAAUAGUCAUGUCACAGGAACCUUCUGUCUGAAAGCUAUUUAAUUCAUCAGGCUUAGUUCUUAGAAUUGUAUUUACAUUUUGUGCUUGGUUUGAAAUAGUGCCAAGUUGACGUUAUGGUCCCUUAUGUAUGUAAGUAAAAUAAGUUGUAUCUAAUCUGAAAUGUAACAUAUGAGGACUGUGUGUUUGGAGGAAUUAGCCUGCAAAACUCUAUACUCCCUUAUUCACUCCUAAAGGCAGAUUACAGGCUUUCACACUCUUAUCACUUUUGUCCAAGAUAUGAGCGUAGAUUGAUUAAUGAUGUCUGAUAUACCUGACUCUAACCAUGUUGUCUGAAUUGGCAUGGUUAGAAAAUAAU